CCUUGCCCAGAAACAACCUGUUACCCUGUAAAAGGAUAUUUACCGAGCCGACAUGAAUGCUCGGGUCAUGAUGGGAAGACACCACAGCCUGGAAAAAGAUAACUUUCCUCAUGAGUUUUUCUCUCCCCUUCGUCUUUCCUUCUUGUAACCGGUGACGCUGUUGCUGAAAACCAGGCGAUAAAACCGUCAGAGAUAGCCGUCUAGAGACAGACAUGUCAGGAAUGGUGCAGCCCACGGAGAACGAGAUAAAAAGAGAAACGGAAAAGUUCCACUCCCGUGAAACUCCCGAAAUCAAGGAAUCUGAGUAUGUUCACGACGUCUACAACGAGAUUGCACAGCAUUUCUCACAGACAAGAUACAAGCCAUGGCCUAUUGUUGCUGAGUUCCUUGGUGCCCAGCGGGAUGGUGCUUUUGGUGUCGAUGUAGGCUGUGGAAAUGGUAAAUAUCUUGCCGUAAACAAGAAACUUUUCAUACUAGGAUCUGACUAUUCUACGGGUUUGAUCGACCAGGCCAAACUGCUACACCACAAGGAGGAAUGCAACGACAUAAUAGUGGCGGACGGUAUGAAUCUUCCGCAUAAGAGGGACACGUUUGAUUUUGCCAUAUCCAUUGCCGUGAUACAUCAUUUUGCAGAUGAGGCACGGCGAGUCGACGCUAUUGCGGAGAUACUCAGAGUCUUGAAGCCAUCUGGACAGGCGUUAAUUUACUGCUGGGCAUUAGAGCAAGAAAAGUCUAGGAGGGGCUAUCAUGAGGGUAUGGAGCAGGACAUCUUAGUGCCGUGGGUACUGGCAAAGAAGGGAAAACAUGAAAAGAAAGAGGGAAAAAAGGAAGAAAAUGAGACUACCGAGGAAAAGCCGCCUGUGAAGAUGAGAUUCUAUCACUUAUACAAGAAGGGUGAGCUAGCUGACAACUGUGUAAAAGCCGGAGGAAAACUCCUCAAGGAAGGUUACGAAAGAGACAACUGGUGGGCAGUUGUGGAGAAAGCCGAGUAGCUGAAUUUGAGAACGUUAAUUCGAUUAAGUCUUCUCCCUUUGAGAAGCCAGUGCAAAAUGUACAUUUUGCACUAUACUAUAUAUGUGUGGAUAUAGAGAUAAUUAUAGUAUAUAAGUAAAAAUUAGUCAACCGUUGU